UUUCUCAGAUCGUUUUUUUUUGUGUACAGUAGCUCAGUCAAUCUCUGAGUUAUUCUGCGUUUCGUAUUAACAGUGUCGAGCAAAUGGCAGACCGUAAUGCACUGAUCACCCAGUUCAUGGACGUGACCAACUCGUCCGACCGGGCGAUGGCCGAGAGCCUGCUGGUCGCAUUCAACUGGGACUUGGAUGCUGCGAUUGCAAUGGCGCUGGGCGAGGAGGACGCAAUCAUGUCGUCGGAGAACAGCUCGACGUCCGAGCAGGACUUUGCCCCGUCGUACGAUCCGAGCAGCGGCAACAGCCGGUUCCAGCAGCUGUACCAGCAGGAGCAGAAGCACGACACAAGCAAGCUGGACGCGGAAAUGCGCCGACUCGGGCUGAAGCCAAUCUCGGACGAGGUCUAUGACAUGCUCGAUUCGCGUUCGGAUCGUCCUGUGAACCGACCUCAGCCGCAGCCCCAGCCCCAGCCCCACCCGCAGCCUCAGCCGCAGCAGGUGCAACAACCACUACAACAACAACAGCAACAACCGCAAGGUCUGGACACAAACCCAAAGGCUCCUCUAGUGCUCGAACCGCCAGUGCGCACCGCACCCAAACCAUCAUCGCACAGAAAGCUGAGCGACGACGACGACGAUGAUGACGAUGACGAGGAUGAUUAUGGCAAUCGCUAUGGGUACUCCGGGCGUUCAGCAAACUUUGUGCGCCCUCCGGCAUUUGGCGCCCUCCAAGCGGCCCCGUUUAUGGCGACCCAAGGAAAGUUGCUCAGCGCUUCGCAACCUAGCAGCGCAAGCCCCGUUGUGCGCACCGCCUCACCGAUGGACGGUGUGCAUGUCCAUUUUAACGUGAAUUGGCACGAGACCCCGUAUCCCAUUCAGCUGCAGGCCUCUCGCCCUUUGAAAGACCUGCGAGCGGAAAUUGCUCGCUUGACAAGGCUGGCCCCAGCCAACCAGCUGCUCAUUGGGCUUGAUGCCGGUCCUGAGGAUGACAACCGGCCGCUCGGACAGAUCCUUGGUGCAGCGCGAACCCGAGAUAUCUUUCUGGCAGAUCGUCGCGAGUACGAAGGCGGGUUGGAGGAUACACAUUCGCCGGUGCUGAUUGACAGUGAUGACGACGAAGAAGCCAGCGAAGUGCUGACCACUGUCACCUACAAUGGGCAAGUGAUUGAAUUGCACGUCGUCGAGUCCCAAACUGUCGGUGAAAUGAAAGAGCAACUGGAGAGCAGAGCCAACGUUGCGUAUCCCGACAUUGAGCUGACUGGCUGGCCCCGAGGACAGCAACCUACCGAUAGGACAACCAUCAAGUCUCUCUUGCCUCCUGGGCAGUCAACACUGGCGCUCACACUUGUCAAUCGCUGGAACAAUAGUGGCGAUUCGGGCCGGGAUGCUCGGCCACGACGCGUUCAAGCAGAAGGGUCUGCACGCAACGAUGCAACGAGCGCGUCUCCUGUCGUUGAGGAGCCCGAUUCGGAUAGUGAAAUUGAUGUCUUUUACGAACCAGCGGAUGAGGCUGACAACGACGAGGAUGAUGCUGAGGACCAAUACGAAGACGACUCGUUGUUUGACGACGCUUUUGACGCCGAUGGCGUUAUGAGCGACCCAACUUUGUCAGAAGUUCCUGAUGCGAUGGACGAAACUGUCGCCUGCAGCGAAUUUGUCGACAAGUUUGUUGAGCGGUUCCACACAAAAGUCCAACCCGUUUUCUUUGUUGGCUCGUUUGGAGAUGCACUGCGAGAGGCGACCAAGGAAGGCAAAUGCCUCUUCUUCUACCUGCAUUCGGAUACGAGCGCUGAGAGCAACGUCUUUUGCAGCCAAGUUCUGUGUGACGAAGCGAUUGUGCGCUAUUUGACCGAGAACUUUGUCAUCUGGGGCUGGGACAACACGACGGCCUCUCGCCAACGACAGCUUCCCCGCAUUGUUUCCCGAUUCGGCACAAUCGAUGCCUUGACUAACAUCGAGCACUACCCGCACUGCUUUUUGCUUGCUCGAGUUGCAGGUUCACUCCACACCCUCAAUAUUGUGAAAGGCUUUGUUCCUGUUGAAGAGCUCUACACCAAGCUCUUGCAAACUACGGAAACGUCGGCACCCAUGUUGCAGGAGGAGGCCACCAAGGACCGUGCGCGAAACAGUGAGCGCUUGGCUCGCGAGGAGAUCAAGAUCGAGCAAGAUCGCCUUUAUCGAGAGUCGCUCGAGCAAGAUCGUCUGAAGGAGCUUGAAAAGCAAAAGGCGAUCGACGAACAACAGCGGCUUGAGGCUGAAGCGCACCAGCAGGCCGAGGACGAGCAAACGCGCAUUGCCAUCUUGAUUUCCACCAUUCCACCCGAGCCUGCUCCAGGAUCCAGCGACGUGGCCACCUUCCGCAUCCGAAUUCCCGGCGGCGAUCCAAUCACCCGACGAUUUUUGGGCUCCACUCCGAUUCGAACUCUCAUCAAUUUCAUCGAGACGCAAGGCUUGAGCGAGAAGGACUACCGCAUCGUUGCCGAUCGCCCUCGUCGCAUUAUCAAUGAAAUGACUCCAGACAUGUCCUUGAAGGAGGCCAAGCUCUUCCCUCAAGAGACCCUUCAUGUUGAAAGCCGCUAACGCCGUCAAUUGAGUUGUUGGUUUUUGCAGCAUUUUGUUGAUUCUCCAUUCUUCCAAUUUUUAACUCUCCAUCCAUUUUUUGUUUCCAAGCACGCUAUUCCUCGAAUCUGAGCUCACUCUUUUGAAUCAUAUUCUG